UGAAUCUUGAUCGCCGGAGUGGCCUCCUCAAUGAUGACAUUGACACCCCCUAAAUAGCUGAGCAUGUCUGACUGGGACGUUGUCCAAUGAUCUCCGUCUCCAUUCCGCCAAUCUUUGAUCCGUCCGCCACAGUGCCUGGAAGUCGUGCUGCUCCGUCUGUCGAUCCUUUCUCGAUCUUUCCUCGUCCUGAAAUCCUUCUUCUCGCUUCUUGUUACGCGUGCUCAUGGAUUUACAGAGGAAACAACAGGUGUCGAUGAGGGGGGCGAGUGUUAGAGAGAUAAGCAGGGAUGCACUUCUUGAGCAGGUCACGAAGGAGCGGGAACUCCGUUCCUACAAUCGGAGGGUGGCUGCGUCUGCUUUGUUCAUUCAGAGAGUGUGGAGGAGGUACAACAUGGCCAAGAAGGUGGCUAUGAAGUUGCGGAGGGAGUGGGACAUCCAAGUCAGUGAAGAUGCUGAAGUGUUGAACUGUACAUGGGUUUCCAAUACGUUAUUAAGGCCUUUCCUGUUCUUUAUUACUUAUUCUUCAACUCUAUAUCAGAAACCACAAGUUACAGAUGACAAAUGCAUGCUCAAAUGCUUUAAAAUUCUCCUCAAAAGCAUUAAUUUGGCAGAUCCAGAGAAGAACUUUUGUGCUCUUGCCCUUGGUACACCUGAAGAAAAAAGUGCAUGGCUUUAUCAGUCAUGCAAGUUGUUCUCAAUUUGUUCUUAUGUUCUUUCGAAGUGCAACUACUCAUCUGGAUUCAAAGAUACAGUUCUUCUUACUGCAAUAUGCAUGCGGUUGAUGAUUGCACUAACUGAUAUUAAAACAUGGAAGAACAUAAAGACUGCAAGUGCUAGUGAUGGGGCAAUCGCGACAAGGAGUCUAAUUAUAACCAUAUCAAAUAGAAGUAGUGGACUUUAUUGUUGCAUGAGAAGUUAUAUCAUGAAAUUACCCGUUUCUGCAGAUAAGCAAUAUAAAAUUGUACAAAUUGAUGAUCUAGUAAUGGUUACUGCAAGUGCUAUAACAUUGGCCGUGCGGCCUUUCCAGGUUGCUGGACCUCAAAUAGAUGAAAAAUUACUUCUCCAUCAGUUGAACACCAAUCAGAAGUUUUUUCAGGACAUCAAAGAUGCUGCUGAGCAGUUCUGUAUCUUUUUGCUUACAAUUCCCUGGUUCAAGGAACGCAUUCCUGGGGCACUUCUACCUGCUCUAAGACAUCCCACUGUGUUGUUUCCUUGCCUAAAGGUUUUAUUGAUAUCCAAGGAUGAGAUAUUUUCAGAGAUGGCAAAUUUAGACAAGAUAAAAGAAUCUAAUGUUGGACCCGUCCCUAGUGCUGCUUGGGCUUUAGGAAAUAUUAUGAGCUUAGUAACUGAACAUGAUUCUGAAUGUACUGAUUCUGGAAGGUUUCUUGAGUGCCUAGAUUAUAAGCUGUAUCUUCAUGCUGUCUGCUGCAUUUCAGAAUUUCUGUUGCCUUGUCUAGAGAUGGUUAGAGAUACCAAGAAGUAUAAUGACAAGGAAACCACAGCUGAUGAUAUUUCUAAAGAAGCAACUCAAUCCAAUUUUCUGAAAAAGGAAGAGUAUUCUGAAGAUUUAAGUAUGUCAUUGGUUAAUCUAAUCAAGCCUGUUCAGCAGCAGUGGCAUCUUAUAAGGCUUCUGGCUGUAGUGAAGAAAAAUGAUAUGACCAUUGGAGAGAGCCAUUCUUCUGUUCAGAGCUCUUGUUUGGAACUGCUUGAUAUUGUAUUUUUCUAUUCACACAUGCUUAGAAUAUACUCAUUAUUGAAUCUUGCCAGUGGAUCUUUGCCCGUACUUAAUGUGCUAGCCUUUACUCCUGGUUUUCUCCUUGAACUUUGGGAAGGACUGGAAGGUUCUUUGAUGUCUCAAGGCAGCACUAUGUCUUCGUCAACUGAACAAAAAGAUAUCAGCCACGUGAGCCUCCAAAAAGGGGCUUUGGAGGAAAAGGAAAGAAGAUCUGUGAAGGAUUCUGGGAAUAAGUGGGUAAAUGUGUUACAAAAGUUCACUGGGAAAUCAACCUUGGACACAGAUAUACACAGUUCGGAUAGGGGCUCUCUUUUCUCAGAAACUUUUGGCACUACUGAUCAACACUCUGUUGAUAAUUGGGAUGUUGAAUCUUUGAGACGAGGUCCACAGGGCAUUUCAAAAGGUGCAUCAUGUAUGCUUUAUCUUUUUUGCACUACAUAUGCACAUCUGCUGUUGGUUCUUGAUGAUACUGAGUUCUAUGAAAAACAGGUUCCUUUUUCACUUGAGCAGCAGAGGAAGAUUUCAGCAAUGCUUAAUACAGCAGUUUAUAAUGGUUUUAUUUACAAUGGGCAAUACGAUAAGAUUCUGAUGGAUUCAGCGGUUAGAUGCCUUCAUUUGUUGUAUGAAAGAGAUUGCAGGCACAGGUUUUGCCCUCCUUCUCUGUGGACUGCUCCAGCCAGUAAAAACAGGCCACCAGUUGCUGCUGCUGCCCGAGCUCAUGAAGCUUUGUCAAAUGCGUUGAGGUCUGGAGAUGCUUUAACCAGCCAAAGCAUGGGUUCUGUCAUUAACACUAUCCCACACGUAUUUCCAUUUGAAGAAAGGGUUCAGAUGUUCCGAGAAUUUAUCAAGUCCGACAAAGAAUCUCGAAGAAUGGCUGGAGAAAUAGCAGGACCAGGUCCAGGAUCGGUUGAAAUUGCAAUUCGGCGGGACCAUAUCAUUGAAGAUGGAUUUAGACAGCUUAAUUCCCUUGGAUCAAAACUAAAAUCAUGCAUUAAUGUCUCAUUUGUGAAUGAAUAUGGCCUUCCUGAAGCUGGCCUUGACUAUGGUGGGCUAUUUAAAGAAUUUUUAACUGAUAUAGCGAAAGCAGCCUUUAACCCCGAUUAUGGAUUAUUUUCUCAAACGUCAACAUCUGAAAGGCUACUGAUUCCUCAUCCAGUUGCUGGAUUGUUAGAUAAAAAUAUUCAUAUGAUUGAGUUCUUGGGAAGGCUUGUUGGAAAGGCUCUUUAUGAAGGAAUACUCCUUGACUACUCCUUCUCCCUUGUUUUUGUUCAAAAGCUUUUGGGACGUUAUAGCUUCAUUGAUGAAUUAUCAGGCCUUGACCCAGAACUUUACAGAAACUUGAUGUAUGUUAAGCAUUAUGAUGGUGAUGUCAAAGAUUUGUCUUUGGACUUCACUGUUACAGAGGAGUCGUUAGGUAAAAGAGUGGUGACUGAACUGAAGCCUGGUGGUGCAAAUCUUAUUGUCACAAAUGAGAACAAGUUGCAGUAUGUUCAUGCAAUUGCAGAUUAUAAACUUAACCGGCAGGUUUUUCCUUUAGCAAAUGCAUUUUAUAGAGGAUUAGUUGACCUUAUCCUGCCUUCUUGGCUGAGAUUAUUUAAUGCAAGUGAAUUCAAUCAGUGCCAUCUUCAGUUACUUUCAGGUGGGGAACAUGACUUUGACAUUGAUGAUUUGAAAAAUAACACUCGUUAUACUGGUGGCUAUUCUGAGGGGAGCCGGACAAUAAAGCUUUUCUGGGAGGUCGUCCGAGGGUUUGAGCCAAAAGAACGAUGCAUGCUGCUUAAAUUUGUGACAAGCUGUUCACGUGCUCCUUUGUUAGGCUUCAAGCACUUGCAGCCAUCCUUUACCAUUCAUAAGGUCGCCUGCGAUGUGCCUCUGUGGGCUGUAAUUGGUGGACAGGAUGUGGAUCGUCUACCCUCAGCAUCAACUUGUUACAACACACUCAAGCUUCCCACCUACAAGCGGCAAAACACUUUGAGGAAUAAGCUUCUUUAUGCUAUCAGUUCCAAUGCUGGAUUUGAGCUCUCCUAGCAAUUAUACUGUUUGAUGCUGUGGUUUCUAUUUAAUUCCACGCGGCAUUGGCAGGAGAGGGGUAAGAGAAAAGGACCUCUUGAAGAAGUGCCAAACUCCAUAGAUGGAUUUCAUUUGAUCCAGUCUGGAUAUAUUAGGUGCCGACCUGCUGCAGAGGAGUCUCGUCUUGAUAAAUCAUUAUCGUAAAUAUAAGUAGGAUUUAUGUAUAUGGCAUGAUUGCUGCAGGGUUUUCUUGUACCUGGACCGCACCAGAGAAGUGAAAUAUAUAAUCAACGAACAUUUUCACUUCAUUUGAAGGGGUUCAAGAUUUUCUUCUGAAAAAAAAAAAAAGAAGGGAUGUCUAUUUUGUGAAAAACACUGCUGCCAUGUUAGGUGUUUGCGUUGAUACUUUCUGUAAAUAAUUCUACCCUAAUAUUACCCGCUCUUAGGGGUUUUUCCUUCCGAAAAACUAUAGUUGCGGGUCUCUGCUUGAUAAGUAGGAAGGGAGGGAGGGAAAGAGAGAGAGAGAGAGCGCUUUUCAUCAUCUUCUUGAAAUGCAAUCAUGUUACAAUUGACUA